AUGGCUCAGCCCCGUUUCUUUGACACUCACGCCCACCUAGUUCAGCCCUACUUUAAUCAGGAGCAACUCGAGAAGGCGCUCGCUUUUGCGCGGGAGCAAGGCGUGGAUCGCAUUAUCGUUCCGAGCACUAAUUUAGACGAUUGGCAGCAAGUUCGCCAGCUAGCCAAAUCCCAUCCCAAACUUGACUUAGCUUUUGGCAUUCACCCCGACAGCGCUCGUCCUGAGCACGACCGGGGCAUUUUCAAACAGAUCCAAAAAACGCCUAUUAUCGCGCUCGGCGAAAUUGGCAUCGAUCUCUACCGUCAGACUAACCCGCCCCUGGAAGUUCAACGCCAAGUCUUUGAACUUUUUUGCGAUUACGGUCUUAAGCACGACUUGCCGCUGCUAGUCCACAUGCGAUCCGCUGAGCAAGCCGUUUACGACGUGCUCAGUCAAAAAAAGUACCAAAAACUGCGCUUUGUGAUCCACAGUUUUACCAGCGAUUACGAGUGGGCGCAAAAGUUCAUUGAGCUGGGCGGUCUAAUUUCCUUCUCGGGCAUCGUGACGUUUAAAAACGCUCAGAACGUGGCGUCGGUGGCACGCCAAUUGCCGCUGGAUAAAAUCAUUUGCGAAACCGAUACGCCUUACCUAACGCCGGUGCCCCUCCGCGGUCAGAGCAACCAACCAGCUUACGUAAAGCACGUGGCCGAGUUUAUCGCUCGAAUUCGUCCCGAAAAAGCUGAGAAAGUGAUUGCGGCCCUCUAUGAAAACGCCCGCCGAUUCUUCCGCAAAAAAGCCGCUUAG